CUCGCCAAUGCGUCUCACUGACGCCCCCUGCCGGCGUCCUGGCCCCACGUCACGUGUCAUCCACACCGCCCUUUCUGAAGUUGAAGAAAAGUUUGGACGAGCUCGGUGACGAUCCAAAGUAAAGUAACAUAAACCAGCAAGGAGGUUUUUGUGGAGAGGAGAAACGAGGAGAAACUAUGGAAUCUGUUGUCCAGAAAGUGCUGACUUCUGGAUUCACUCUGGACCUGGGUCCUCUGAAAGAACCGCUGGCAUUCAUCCGUCUGCUAGAAUGGGUCUUCGCCAUAUUUGCCUUUGCCACAACUGGAGGCUACAGCGGCACAACCCAUGUUAAUGUCCAGUGUCCUGGGGGCCAGAACCAGGAAAUACAAGCAGACUUUAACUACCCAUUCAGGCUGAUGGAGCAUCCUUAUCAUGUCCCAACCUGUGUUGUCAAUCAGACCACCCCCACCGUUUACUACCUGACCGGAGACCACUCGUCAUCCGCACAGUUUUAUGUCUGCAUUGGAGUGCUGGCAUUUCUCUCCACUACCGCCUCCCUGGUCAUCUACCUGGGCUUCCAGCAGACGUACAGGGGAAGCAGCCGUGGGCCCGUGCUGGACCUGCUCAUUACCGCCGCUUUUGCCUUCCUGUGGCUGGCGUCUUCCUCGGCGUGGGCUAAAGGUUUGUCUGACGUGAAGUGGGCCACCAGUCCUUCAACCAUUCUGACGUUCCUCACCGUGUGCAAGGACGGCACCACCAAGUGCACCGCUGGUGCGACGCCUCACAUGGGUCGACUAAACGCCUCCGUGAUUUUUGGCUUUCUUAACUUCAUCUUGUGGGCCGGCAACUGCUGGUUCAUUUACAAGGAGACUCCUUUCCACAAGUCACCCCAGCCGCCUGCAGAGGCCGAUGCAGAGGCGGGAGCCAGACCGUCGUAACGAGCCAGCCUCCUCGUGCCCUCAAAGUCUGGGAUAAUGAAGAUGCAGGAACAGAGAACACGGGCUCCUUCUGGACGGACUGUGAGGUGUGGUCUCAGACCUGCACCAAAAGUCAAAGAUGUAGCAGUCAGAUAUUUCACCCUUUUCCUGGAAAUCCUAGAAUCCAAUACAGGAUUUAACCCCCAGUAGAACAAAGAAUUCACUUGGUCAUGUCGGGGUCUUUCUGUGUACGUAACAAGGAUGCUGCACUUGAACGUAGGACGUUGCCUAAGUGGUUCUUAUCUGUCAUGAAAUGCUCAAGAAGAAGUUGUUUUAUGUGACAUGAAGAAGUUGACAUUUCAUUGACGUCCUCGUGAGAAUGAAAAAGGAAAACAGAGUUUGUAGUAUAUGUAGUACAUGAAAAGACAAAGUCAAGUAUCACCACUUAGUACAGUAUGUGAGGGAACGCAGACUCAGGCAGUAAAAGAUGGACAUGGAGGCAGCACAGUGUGUCAAUAUCAGUCUUUAAUCAAGUGAUACCGCAAAUGGCAGAGGCCACGCCCACCUAGCAUUCCAUGCAAAGCCAUUCUACAUUUGACCUGUCAAUCUAAAGGCUUCCAUCCAUCACCUCAGGAAUGUUCCCAGACGGCUGGUGUCUGGUUAGAGGACCAGAUUGCCCUUCACGGAUGCAGUCGUUUCGUUUCGCUUUUCUCUUUCAAAGAUCCAUCCCACAUCCUCGUCGCCAUGCGUGAGCGUUUUCCUCAUCGCUGGGUUGUGGCCGCCAAGCGUUCACAGACGCAGCUUUGAUCCUCGAUGUCGGCUCUUCCUGUCAUGCGUGGGAGUCAUAACAGUACUGUCUAAUGGAGAUGGACGUGAUCCUGAAGGGAUUCUAUUCUCCAGCAGACAUCAGACAUGGCCCGACCCAAGCAGGUCACAGGACCUCCUCUUCAGGUCAGAUGCUGGCUAAAAUCACUUGUGGCUACAUAAUCACUGCCUGUUAGCAUGUUGGCUUGUUCAUCAAAGGUAAAGCCCGCCUCCUGCCUGAAGUCGGCUUGGAUAGGCCGCAGCAUGACCCUGUGACCUGAUGAAGACAUGCAGUACAGGAAAUGGAGAGAUCGAUGGAAACGGCGUCACAAACCCAAGCAUCUAAAAAUCCGUCUGUAUGUCAAGACUUACAUGUUAAAACAACAAUAGCACAGAAGCAGGCCAAAUGAGCAACACAGUCGGAUUACACAACAACACAUGUGCAGUACACUGAUAGAACAUACGCAACUGUACAACUAGAAUACUCAACAGAUACAGUAUAUACUUUAUAUGUCCAUAUGCAGGGAUGUUGGAAAGAGGUCUGCACCCUUCAAAGUGGCCCACACUAUUAGUGCUAAUUAGUGCUAAACAAGUGUCUUGUGUUAUUCCAGACCCGAUGUUCUAUAUCCCAAUGUGGGGGGGGGGGUGCUGACAACGUUCCUGUUAA